CUUUUAUAAAACACAAAGUCACCACAACUACGCCCAUGGUGAAAAAGAAGGUUCCUCCCGCUCUUUUCACGGCAAUUUCCCCGCAUUGUCUUUUUUCACGCCCAUUUGUUUUCUUAGAUCCCGUCUGUCAUUCAUUCAUUCAGUAGUGUCAAUAGAGCGAUUUGGUGUCGGGUUUUGGUUGAAAAUGGAUUUUAAUUGCUGCCGUUUAUGCCUGAAAAAGGGCAACGCGGCAUUUGUUAAUGCAUUGUUAGUGCCGGAACUGUGUACAUCAGUGAAAUGCUUUCUCGGCUUCGAGAUACUUCCCACCGAUAUAUGUUCGACCAAAAUUUGUUCUGAAUGCAUAUCAACUAUAACCGAGGCACUGACAUACAAAAAUCGUGUUACAUAUAAUCAACAGUGUAUAAAGCAGCAAAUUGCCCUGCAUUCACAAAUACAAAACGUCUCCGUAAAGAGCGAAGAUGAUGAAAACGUUGUUGUCAUUGUCAUAGACGAAGACGAAGCCGAUGAUAAUGCUCAGGUGAGCUCAACACAGCCAUCCCCACUCAUAACUACAUUAAAUCAGAAGGCGACCGCGAGAAAAAGCACGACUAAAUUACCUUACAGCAUAUCAAAUGACCUCGAUAAAAUAAUUUGUCCGAAGCGCUUAAAAGUUGUGCUAACACCAGUAGCCGAAGAAGAUGUGAAGAACGUAAUUAUCAAUCGGAAAUUAAGGAAAACAUUAAAAGUCCGAGGAAAACAAAUUCCUAAAACUAAGGAAUUAGAAUCAUCCAACACCAAUCGCAAAUCGACAUCAAGUGUUGCAGAAAAGUUGCGUCAGGAGUUGAACCAUUUUCUUUCUACUUCCGCAGCAAAACAAUUUGAUAGCAAUCAGCAGGCCCAUCCAAAUAGUACAGAAAGGAGUUCAUGUUCGAGUUCGAUGCCAUCGACAUCGAAAUCUCCAAAAAAUAAAAUCAACCCGGACUCCGCCGCCCCGUCAAAAUAUUCUAAAGUUAUUUUUAGCACGCCUGCCAUUUCAUUAGUUGAAAAUAAGUCAAGCAACUCCACAACACCAUCGCUCCAAACACAUUCUACAGCCAAAAGUUCGGAGUUGAUAACACCGACUGCUCAAAAAGCAACUGGUCUUUUUUUUCAAUGUAAGUCCAACACAUUCGGUCGUAACACGGAAGAUUCAUCACAGCAAACAGUUAAAACCAAAGGAGGUGCAACAAUUUCUAUAGGUAAACCGCCAGUUACUUCGAAACAAACCCCAUAUCUACCGAGUACAUCCGGGGUAUUCACUGUAAUACCAAAAGAUGCUGCUAUGCUUAAUGCGCAGAGAAACCUAAAUUUCGGAUCAAAAAGAGUUUCCGGAGGUGCAUUUGUAUCUAUCUUUUCGAAACCUGAUUAUGCGUCGUCCAAAGAUGCCAGCGCGCAACUUUCUACACAAAGUCUCGCCAUCACAGUCACAACCAUGCCGAGCUUACCUAGCACAACGAAUUCACUACCAUACAAUGCAAUCUCUAAUAUGGGGAAGCAUAACUAUGUCCAGAAUCCUGCAAGUACCACCCUCAUGAGUAAUGUUCAAAUUAGGCCUGUUCAAAGCGUAGCACCCGUGUUUGCUACUAAUUGCAUUGCCAAUCCGACGAGUGUGCAAGUGCUGCAAAAUAUAAUAUCGCAAAACAAAGUGAAAGUGUUGUCAGUAAAUGAACUCAAUACACGCGUAAACUCACCGCGUCCUGUCCCCAUUGCACCCAAGCCUAUGCCAUGCAUGCCAAUUCAUGUGAACAGCCAAAGGCUGCCAAUUCGAAUAUCUUUAACAAAGAUGCGAAACGAAAUGGUAAUAAAGUUAACAGAUUCAAGUGGCAAAGAGUUGCACUACUCGGAGUUGAAUGAAGCGGAAAAGGGCGCAGUAAGGACAAGUUUCUUAUCGAAGGAGAGCGUCAAACAGUUCGGGCAAGCAUUUGAAGCCUGCUCUCCGGAUGAAUACACUAACAAUUUAUUGAAUACACUCGGACUGUCUAGGGAAACAUUUAAUUCUUGGGGUCAGUAAGAAUGUUUUUGUUUCAAUUGAUUCGCAAUGUUUGUACGCUGUAGCACUUCCGGACGACCAAAUUCGAAUGGAAUUUUCUGUUUUGUUUGUUAAGUUUCACGAAGAGACGGUUUAUUUUAAUGAAUUUAUUAUCAUCAAAUGAAGUAUUACUCUAUUUUCAAUACACUGUUUAAAAAAAUAAAUGUUAAGUGUUUCGAGAUUGAUUGCUGGAAAAUAAAAAAAGUAACAGGUUCUGCGGCCACGUAUUGAAAUUAGCCGUUCAUUUUGCUAAUUUUGAGUGAUCGACACGUUUUCAAAAUAAUUUAUUGUGUAUAUAUUAUACUGUGAAUAAGUAAUGUUUAAUUAGUUGGAGAAUUUAUAAAAUAUAUUUUUGUUUAGAUCCA